CAUUGGAAAAGACAGCGCAGCAUUGGAGUGACGCAGCUUGGAAUUCCUAAAUUUCCGAUGUUCACGACCUGAACGCUGUCUGUAAAAUAAAAUUACGAGGACUAUUCGAGCUAAAACGGUGAAAUUUAAGUGAAAUAAGCGGGGUAAGAAUAUGCUAUUUACAUGUAUUUUAUUACUUUGGGGAAAGGAUUUUGUGUGGUCAACGUGUGGCUAUUGUACGCGGAAAAGAGAUUGCUUAUCUGUGGGAGUGAUUGCAUGUAGCCUUCUUCUUUUACCAUCGGAAGCUAAGCAAAGUAGGCUGCAUAGUGUCUACAAACAUUUGUUUCCAGUGAGUUUGGCGUCAUGACGUCUACUCUUACUUAACCUCUCACAGGAGCAAACAGGGACAAUUCACACGAGGGAAAUGUAAGACUCGACUAAAAAGAGAACAUGUCGUCCUGGUUGUCAAAGAUUAAUCCAAAACGCUGAUUUUGUUAGCUACCUUGUUAACAACUAGCCUCCAGCCUCGGUGCCAUCUGGAUCUGACCAUUUUUGGUCAUAUCUGAACGGCACAGAUGUAUAAAUACAAUUUAGGCUACAGUGUGAGGCCCUAAUCAAGCAAUAAUGAGGAUCCGUCUGUUUUUAAAAUAGCCACUUUCUCUAUCGCGAUUCGUUCACAAUGUUUGACACUGUUGUCAAUGUCUCAACUCAAGUUGCAACAAUGUAGCCUAUCUUAAUCGUUAUAGAGUUUAUAGGCUAUUGCGUAUGCUAAAGAUUACAAUUAUUGCAACUGGAGCUAUAAGGUAGGCUAUGGAUUCUAUUUCUCAAACAGUUCUUCUCUUAAUGUCAGAUUAUUCACUGUAGGCCAACAAUUUGGUGACAAUUUGGUGUAAUUUGAUCUCUGAUAUAAUGUUGGUUUGAAAAGCACUUUUCCAAUACACUGUGGCAUUAUAUUUUUUCUCUACUGAUACUUUAUUAGGCCUAUAUGAAUUGAAUUUGUUCAAAUGCAUGAUGAGAAAACCCAGUGUAAGUAGGCCACAGUCCUAGUGGCCUAUAUGUAGAUACUGCAGACAUUGUGAAACCACAAUGAGUCCUUAUUGGGUAAUUCAUAAUUACAUAUUUGUUACAUGAGUGAGUUAAUCUCUGUCCUCUGCAGAAUACGUUGUAGUUGCUUCGCUGAGCCUCAAGGGGGCGAUGUCUGACAACAGCAGCAGCACAGGCAGCAGCCGCAGCGGAUCCUUGACCACCAGUUGGACCAUGCUGUCCCCAGAGGUAAGAUAGCCUGUACCAACCUAUGGUGUGCCAACCAGACCUGGGUUUCAAAUACUUAAAUCAAUUCAAAUACUUGAUGUGCCUGUUUGAGCAUGCCUGGCAAAAGUCCUAAAACUGCAAACCCCGCCCAUCUGGCACUCCAGGCAGAUUCAAGCAAAUGCUCAAAGUAUUUGAAAUCCAGGUCUGGUGCCAACUAUAAUGACAAGAGAAUAGGCUGAUCACCUCAACACAGCAUUGGAUGUCAGAUUUAGUAUUCAAUGUGAGUUUUAUAUUACAUUUCCGCUUUACCCACAUUGUGUGAAUGAUUAAAUUAAUGAAUGGUGAGGUGAAUAGAUAAAGGUUGAGUUGAUAAUGAGAAUGCUAUUCCUCUACAUAAUGAGAUCAUAAUAACCUACUGCCUUCUACAUUUCAGGAAGCUGCUGAAAGUGUGGGUCCAGUGGAUGAUGGGACUGAGAGUCUUUGUGAUGUCCCUAGUCUGUCAGAGGAAGUCGCAGGUACCUGAACUCUAUCUCACACCGAUACUGUUUCCCUAUGCUUUCUGUGUGGAGUAUUGUGUUAUUGUCCUAAUGUAUGGAUGUUGCAUAAUGAAGUCAUGUGUGUGUGUGGAUGUAAUUUGUUAUUCAAUUAAUGUUAUGUUAUUAAUGUGUUAUUAACAUUGUUAUGAUGAUUAUGUUCCAGGGGCCACUGUGGAGUCUAAGCCGAGUGACCCAGAGACUCCAAUAGAAACAGUGCUGUCAGAGGUGGGCCAACAGGUCUGUACUGUGAGUCCCUGAUGAACACAGUUCUUUCUGAGGGUAUCAUUCUCACAUCAUAAUCUUUCAUAAUACAAAGUUCAAAAUGGUGUCUGUUAUGGUAUAUGGCAUAUGAUGUCUAUGGUUAUAACUCAUUAUUACCAAUGACUAAGGUUUGUGCUUUUAUUCUCCUCUGAUUCCCAGGUUUGCCAGGAAAUGGCUCCUGAUACCUGUGAGGGCCCUGUCCCCUCCAGCCCUACCCUGUUAAGCCCAUCCCUGACUAGCCAUGUGCCCCUUGACCCUGACCUGGAGAUUCAACCUGAACCCCCCAUCAUCCAUUCUAUGGUAACCAGCUCCCCCACUGACAAUGAGCAACUCGCUGCCAUGCCCUUUGUCAGUCAUGUCGACCUGGUUGUGCCACUGGAUGCAUCCUUCACAGAACCACCCCCCUCAGAGGUUGAGCCUGAGUUAAGCCCCGUCCCUGAGAGCUCUACCCUUGAUACCCACACUGAUACAGGCCCUGUACCUGGGAGUAUUGCCCUAGAAACUAGUGCCCCUAGUGCCAAACCUGACAUAAGUAUUCACACAGAGACUCCCACCCCAACAGGCCCCCCAUCUGUCACUGAUAUUGACCCUGCCCCAGAACUGCUUGCUGCUCCAGAAAGCCCAGCCCCUGAUAGUCCUCCUCCAGAUACCAUUGGUUCAGAGGAGGCACCAGAAGAGCCAGCACUGGAAACAGAGGAGACAGAAUUGCCUGAAAAAGUGACUUAUAUACCAAAGGAAAAAGGUAUGGAUGUGUACACUAGGUUGGAAAUCGGGAAACAUUUUCUGAGAUAUGACAUACAAUUAACACUAGAACUGCUGGGUUUCUCAGCCUACAAGUACCUGCUAGAGAAUGCAGUCUGGCGUCCCUUUAAGCCUACGCAUCAGAUUCACCUACUGUGCUGUAAUCAACCUAAAUAAAUACCUUUGUAAAAAAUAUUAUAAUUUGAUUGAUUGAAUGUAGUCAAGUCUUAAGAAUAUUUAGUUUAUUUUGAAUAUUUGUAUAUUUUGAAGUACAUAAAAUGCACAUACACGUAUGUAUUAUUCUACAAAGGUCUACUGCAACACAUUUUUUUGCAAUAAAAACACUACAAUGUAAUACAUUUUAUUUGUACAUUCGAUUAGUAAUAGUAGGUAAUAGAAUCCAGUCAAAUAAAUUAUGGAAUAUGAAUGCUUACAAAUGCAUAGUAAUACACAUGAAUAUAUGAUAAAAUAUGAAUGCGUACAUGUUUUUUUGGGCAAAUGAUACAAUAGAAGAAAAAACAUGUAAAUGAAAAGGGAUUGUUUUUUUCUCAAAGGCAUUUGUGGCGAAUGGUUUCCACGUUAAGAGUAACGUGAAGCAUUUUUAAUUCUUUUGGCUCUAUGCUCCAAAGGUUUGAAUUUGAAAUCCAAUUCAGUCAAAUUAAUUUGCCAUAAACAUAAGCACCAACACUUGAAAAAUAAUGCAAACAGAUAUGUAAAAGAAAGUCAACAUUAGAAUCAGAUGAAGACCCCACAUUGUCAUCGCCAUAGUCAAUCUCUGGCUCAAUAUCCGAUCUGCCAUCCGACUCCAGUUCAUCCAAAUUCAAACGUCAGUGGCCGUUUGACUAUGGCGGUUCUAGUGUUAACGCACCACAGCUCAACGAACAGUUACAAAAACAAAAUUUGCGUUACAAUUACACACGACAAAUCUACAUUCAGAGUAUUCUACCAUCUAAUACUUUUGCAUAAAAAAGUUUCUAUACCUUUCGUGCAUGAUUUUAUUUAUCUCUGCUUAUCAUCAAUCUUUCUGCUCUUAUCCCUUCUCCUUCUGCUAGACUCUCCCAGUAGCUUUGACUUUGGAAGAGCUGACACGAGUGCUGAGGAAGGAGAUGGUCUGAGGAGGAGAAAUGUGGCACCAAAAAUGACAUCGGACGAGGAAGAUGAGGUGGAGGUGGAGUUCAAACUGGCAGAGAGGACAGGGGAGAAGAAGGGCUUCUCUAUGAACACAUGCAUUGUGGGUGCCCUGAUCCUGCUCUGUCUAGGGUCUCUCUUCCUCUCCGGUGAGUUCAGCCUGAACCAGGUUUUGUUAGUUUCAUUCUUUUAUUUAAUUUCUUGUGGAAUGGACACUCAAUGCAUCAUUUUCAUUAUUUUGAUCAAAUCUAUAGAAAGUCUACAGCCCCCUUGGAUAUAUAUUAUUUUAGAUUAAUGAAAAAUAAAACCCUAAUAUACCGUGAUUAGAUAAGUAUUCACCCCCCUGAGUCAAUACAUGUUAGAAACACCUUUGGCAGCGAUUACAUCUGUGAGUCUUCUUGGGUAAGUCUCAUAAGAGCUUUGCACACCUGUAUUGUGCAAUAUUUGCCCAUUUAUUAUUUUCAAAGUUCUUCAAGCUCUGUCAAGGUGUUAGGGAUCAUGGCUAGACAGACAUUUUCAAGCAAAUUUAAGUCCAAACUGUAACUUGGCCACUCAAGUGUAGAUUUGGCUUCGUUGUAGGUAAUUGUCCUCCCAGCGUCUGGUGUAAAGCAGACGGACGCAGGUUUACCUCUAGGAUUUUGCCUGUGCUUAGCACCAUUCCAUUUCUUUACAUCCUGAAAAACUCCACAGUUUUUGCAAUGUCAAGCUUACCCAUACCAUGAUGCAGCCACCACCAUGCUUGAAAAUAGAGGCAGUUACUCAGUGAUGUGUUGUGUUGGAUUUGCCCAAAAAAACAUAAGCCUUUGCAUUUAGGCCAAAAAGUGUAUUCCUUUGCUGUGUUUUUUUGCAGUAUUACUUUAGUGCCAUGUUGCAUACAUCUUCAUAUUCUGUAUAUUUCUAUUCUUCUUUUCACUCUGUCAUUUAGGUCAUUAUUGUGGAGUCACUACAAUGUUGAUCCAUCCUACAUUUUCUCCCAUCACAGCCGUUGAACUCUGUAGCAGUUUUAAAAUCACCAAUGGUGUCAUAGUGACAUCCAUAAGCAGUUUCCUUCCUGUCCAGCAGCUCAGUUCAGAAGGACGACUGCAUCUUUGAUGUGUCUUGGUGGUUUAAUACAUAAUCCACAGCAUAAUUAUUAACUUGACCAUGCUUAAAGAUAUAUUCAAUGUCUGAUUUGUUAUUGUUAUCCAUCUACCAAUCACUUCCCUUCUUUAUGAGGCGUUCAAAAGCUCCCUGGUCUUUUUAGUUCAAUCUUCAAUAUUUGACCGAGGCACCUUACAGAUGUUGUACAGUAUGUGUGGGGGACAGGGAAAGGGUUAGUCAUUCAAAAAUCAUGUCAACCUCUAUUAUUCCACACAGAGUCCAUAUAACUUAUGUGAUUUGUUAAGCCAAAGUUUACUUCUGAACUUAUUUAGGUUUGCCUAAACAAAGGGGGUGAAUACUUUUGGAAUAACUAUUUUAGUUAUACAUUUGUUAUUAAUUAGUAAAAAGAAUUGUAGCAUUUUCCUUUUCACUGUGACAUUGAAAAAAAAACUUUUGUGUAGAUCAAUUUGUAACCCUUUUUUAAAUGUAUUUUAUUUUAUUGGGUGUAGUCUUUCUAUAGGCUCUGUAUUUAGGAAUCAUCUGCAGACAUCAUUGCAGCAGGGAGUUCUGUUUCAUCCUGCAGCACAGAGGACUUGAGGUGUAACACAACUGUAAAUGUGUUAAUGAUUUGAAAACUGAGAUUAGACCAGUCGAGAGAGCUGACAAAUGACCCUUCAAGAUCAUGAAUUCAAUACAGACUGCAAUGCCAUCAGUGUUUUUAUAUUGGAAAUAAACUCUUUAGUCAUGUGCCUGUAUGGCCGAUACAAAUAAUUUGACACUGUAUGACUAAGAUGUGCUGUUCCAAUAGGUUUUUUCCCUGAUCUGGAUGACUGUAGGUCUGUAGAAAAAUAAGAAAUGACACUGUUAGAUUUAUGCUAGCUAAUUCUCACUCACUCGCCCAAGCGCUAAUCCUGUCUCACCCUUCGUGCACUGCACAUGGCAGCUUGCCUAUACAGUAGACUUACAGUAAAGUAUCAACGACUGGAUUUUUGGGUGGCCAAGUUGAGUACGUAACCCAUAAUAGGAAAAUGCUUGGUUGGGCAUGCAAGUGGUCAGAGACUGUGCAAAUACUCAAAUAACUUCCCAACAAUUGUACGCUCUGGGUGGAGUAGUUCAAAAUGGGCUUUGCAUUUUGUAUGAUAAAAUAUAUGCAGGUGUCUUAAUAUACGUUACAUAAGUUUGGAAAAUGUUGUUUGUCAGUUGGUAGAGCAUGGCGCUUGCAACGCCAGGGUUGUGGGUUCGAUUCCCACGGGGGGCCAGUAUGAAAAAAAUUAAUGUAUGCUCUCACUAACUGUAAGUCGCUCUGGAUAAGAGCGUCUGCUAAAUGACUAAAAUGUAAAUGUUGUUUGUUGUAUUGUUUUCUUUUUUGACAGAUGACUCGGACGAGCUGAGUGGGGCAGAACAAAACCAGGUAUGUUCCUCUAUCCUACCGCCUACCUUUCAACAAUGUUGUAUUGGGAUGGAAGUUAAAGGAACUGGACAAACUUAGAGAAUAAUGUGUAAUAUAAUUAUAUUUAAGGGGCAAUCUGCUGUUCAAACGACAACAAAGCGACCAUGCUGUCACUGUUUUGGUAAAUGGCUGAGGGAUGGGGCUGGAGAAAUUUAACUCUUAAAUUCAUACACAGAGCUAUGGACUCAAGGACUGACCAUUCAUGAGAUCCAAAUUAUAGUUUUAUCCAUCUUUUAAGGCUAUACAGUAUUUACAAUUUACAUUGGAGUAUAACAAGCUUAUAUUUUGGUUUCUGAUGGGGUAUGACAGUUGAACUAAGCUCAUGAGACAUUUCCAAGUUAUUUUUCAAAAAUCUAAGGGUAUAUAUAAUUUAAAAGUCAAGAAAUUGAUGUAGCAAUGGCUGAUUGACCCUUUUAAAUCAUCCAUUAACAUCUUCCUUAUUAGACUAAACUUUUAUAAGGUAUGCAUAGUUCCAAUCUUUGCUUUACAAUGUUUGCUUAUUUAUAAUGCUGUGUUGUUGAUUGUCUGUGAUUUGUAUUCUGCUGGACAGGACUGGCUAGACGAUCCUCAGAAGAUGAAGGAGCUUUUGGAUAAACUGACACAAGAAAAUCUGCAAAUCUCCCAGUUAGAAACACAGCUCCAGGUCAGCCCAUGUACCAUAUAAUUAUUUCGGAGUGGCUGCGGAUCCAACUUUUUCGGGAUCUUCAGUCCACUGGACUAAAAGAUCCAGAGCUUCCCGACGCGAAGAGUAUGUGUGUAUACUCUACUUUACGCGCCGAGAACAGGCUACUCAAGUGAAUUGUGCUCAUUUAAUAAAGUUAGAUCAAAGCUGAAUUAAUGUCUGCAAUAUCACAUAAUGAUCACAGUAUUCUACAUUUCAUAAUUACUAUUAUAUUUGGUUCUGUUAUGUAAUUACUGUGAUCAUUAUGUGAUCUUGCAGACUAAUUCAGUUUUGAUCGAAUUUUAUUAAACAAGCACCAUUUGCCUGAGUAGCCUGUUUUCUGUGUGUAAAGUAGAGAAUACACACAUGAUCCGCACAUACUCUUCGCUUCGGGAAGCUACGGAUCUAAAAGAUCCCGAAAUAGUAGGAUCCCAUGGCCUAAUUAUUUUACAUUUAAGAAAUAUUUUUAGAAUCCUUAUUUAUUAUUAUGUCCUAUCGUUCUAAGAAUGAAGCAACUUUUUUCCCCUCUCUGUUACAGGCCCAUAAAGAAGAACUUGACUCAGCACUAAAUGCAAGAUCAGCAACGGGUAAUGAAAACGGAAAAGGAGAUCUGGAGCAAGAAAAUACUAUGAAAGAAGAGCUGUCGUCCCUGCCUGGCUUGAAGGAGGAGCUGGAGUCGCUGAGGGCCAGAGUGACCGAACUGUCCCGACUCACUGCAGGUAUAGUAUUUUCAUCUCACUGUGAAUUCAUUAAUUAUGCAUUAGUGCCUUUCAUCAUUUGUUUGAUAAUGUAUACAUAGAAGUCAAUAUUUUGGUAAAUGUUUAUAAUAAGGCAGUCAAUUAAGGAAGUAAACUGAAAUUCCAAUGAAUUCUCAAUAAGCUAGAAGCUAUUUAUUUCAAGUUGUUCCAUUUAAUAAUAAUAAAUAAUAUGCCAUUUAGCAGACGCUUUUAUCCAAAGCGACUUACAGUCAUGCGUGCAUACAUUUUUGUGUAUGGGUGGUCCCGGGCAUCGAACCCACUACUCUGGCGUUACAAGCGCCGUGCUCUACCAGCUGAGCCAUUUUAAUUUUAUUCAAAUAAAUUCAUGAAUUGACUGCCUUCAAUUUGAAUUUACCCUCACCCUGAUCAAAGUGAUCUGUAUGGUUCAGUGUAGGUUUUGUUAUUGUUGUGAAUCUCUGCUUCAACAUGCAUGUAACAAUCAUCUGGUUUGGUAGCUGAAUGCUCUGUAACUCACUGAUUUGUUCUGAUAUGUCUACCUCAGCCAACCAGGACACACCCCCACUGCCCUCAAGCCCAACUCCACCACCUACUGGCCAACCUGGGAUUAGCAACCAGAGUAGCACCACAACAGGGCCUGAAAGGAGGAGUGACCCGAGAGAGGGGGCCAGGGUGAAGGAAGAGCUUCAGAGGCAGAAGGUGCUGUUGGAGGAAAGCAGGAAGAGACUGGAAGGGAUGAAGAAGGAUGGGAACAAGAAGGAUGAAGGGUACCAGAAGAGGGUGAGGGAGAGCCUGGCUGAGAUCCAGAGGAGGCUCAGUGAGCAGGUGGAGAAGAUGGGGAAGAGGAGUGAGGGCAAGAAAAAGCCAUGGGAGAGCGGGAACAAGAAGGACGGGAAGAAAGGCAAGGACAACAGCAAAGACCACUGGAAAAAGGAAGAGAAGAAGGCGUGGAAAGGAGAGAAGGACUGGAAACACGGCAAAGACAAGGAGGGCAGAUGGAAGGAGAAAGACGAGAGAAAGGAGAGGGACUGGAAGGCAAACAAAGAAAACUCUCAUAAAGAGGCCUGGGGGAAAUCCCAGGAUGAGUGGGAGAGAGAGAAGAACGAGCGCAGGAUGGACAGGGAUAAAAGAAAGCAGGAGAGGCCCUGGCAGUCCAGGAAAGACUACAAGAAAAAGACUGAUCAUCACCAUGAACAAGACUCCAACCAUCAGGAGCAACAUCAGCCCCACCUGUAUGAACACACAAGCUUCUGGAAGCACCAGGAGGAGAAACUCGGACGCAACGUUCGCCCCCUGGCGGGCUGCAGCAGUGUUGAGGACUGCGCUAGCCAGGAAGGACUCUUUCCCGUGGAACUGUCUGAAUUUGAGGAGUUGUUAGACGGCUACCUGAGCAAGCUGGAGAGGGCUACAUCGGACAGCAAGGCCGAGAUCCAGAAGCUGGCCGCCAUGUUUUUUAGAGACGGUGUGUUCGUCCAUGACAAAGUUCUCUUCAGUGACUUCGCUGAAGAUGUGGCGGACAUUUUAGAGGACAUGGUGGACAUUUUGGAGGUUGAUGGGCGGGAUGAUGAAGCCCUGGAGGAGACGAUGGAGGAGUUUGAGCGAGAAGCUUUGUGGAAGUUUACAGCCACUACAUAGAUAGAUAAUGGAAAACCAAGAUACAGCAAUGGUAUUACAUGGUGGUUUACAGCAGGUGUUUUAAGGCUUCCGGCACAAGGAGUGAUCUUGCAUCUCGUAAACAUGUCCCUAGCUCUGCAUCUGUAAUUAGCUGAAGUCGUUACCUCCCUAUGUCAGUUCAUGUCAUGUCUUUAAUGCCAAGUCCUACAUGUUGACAGUUGUGUGGAGUUGAUUUGCCUACAGUGUUUGGCACUUUAUAAAAAUGUAAUGUCGCAGUUCAAGAUCAAAACAGGAUAAGAUUCACAGCAAUGUGAACUUUAUGCUCCCACAUCAACUGAUUGCUGAUCAGUCUCUUCUAUGUUGUCAUCGUUAGGAUCAGAUCUAGUUGAACCGGUUCUGUAUCAGCUCUGUUAGCUUCUGUUGUAUCAGCUCUGCAAACAUACAGUGCUGUGUAUAGGCCCUUAGUGCUUGGUUUCUGGUUUUUACUAAUUGUCUUACCAUUUGAGUAUAACUGUCGGUGAAAGCAGAACAUUCUGGAACAUUUAAUGAAAGCAGAAGGUGUCCUGCCAAGUCAGGAUGGAGGCCCAGUACUGCUGCCUCAAUCACUUUGACACAAGCAGUAGUUCUUACUACUAAUUCACACUGAGACCAUGAUUGUACUGUCCUAAUGUGGCAGGAAUCGAUUCUAAUAGCUCAGUGUACUAUGUUGUGCUGAGAUAGACAUAUACAGUGGGGAGAACAAGUAUUUGAUACACUGCCGAUUUUGCAGGUUUUCCUACAUACAAAGCAUGUAGAGGUCUUUAAUUUUUAUCAUAGGUACACUUCAACUGUGAGAGACAGAAUCUAAAACAAAAAUCCAGAAAAUCACAUUGUAUGAUUUUUAAGUAAUUAAUUUGCAUUUUAUUGCAUGACAUAAGUAUUUGAUACAUCAGAAAAGCAGAACUUAAUAUUUGGUACAGAAACCUUUGUUUGCAAUUACAGAGAUCAUACGUUUCCUGUAGGUCUUGACCAGGUUUGCAUACACUGCAGCAGGGAUUUUGGGCCACCCCUUCUCCAGAUCCUUCAGGUUUCGGGGCUGUCGCUGGGCAAUACGGACUUUCAUCUCCCUCCAAAGAUUUUCUAUUGGGUUCAGGUCUGGAGACUGGCUAGGCCACUCCAGGACCUUGAGAUGCUUCUUACGGAGCCACUCCUUAGUUGCCCUGGCUGUGUGUUUUGAGUCGUUGUCAUGCUGGAAGACCCAGCCACGGCCCAUCUUCAAUGCUCUUACUGAGGGAAGGAGGUUGUUGGCCAAGAUCUCGCGAUACAUGGCCCCAUCCAUCCUCCUCUCAAUACGGUGCAGUCGUCCUGUCCCCUUUGCAGAAAAGCAUCCCCAAAGAAUGAUGUUUCCACCUCCAUGCUUCACGGUUGGGAUGGUGUUCUUGGGGUUGUACUCAUUCUUCUUCUUCCUCCAAACACGGCGAGUGGAGUUUAGACCAAAAAGCUCUAUUUUUGUCUCAUCAGACCACAUGACCUUCUCCCAUUCCUCCUCUGGAUCAUCCAGAUGGUCAUUGGCAAACUUCAGACGGGCCUGGACAUGCGCUGGCUUGAGCAGGGGGACCUUGCGUGCGCUGCAGGAUUUUAAUCCAUGACGGCGUAGUGUGUUACUAAUGGUUUUCUUUGAGACUGUGGUCCCAGCUCUCUUCAGGUCAUUGACCAGGUCCUGCCGUGUAGUUCUGGGCUGAUCCCUCACCUUCCUCAUGAUCAUUGAUGCCCCACGAGGUGAGAUCUUGCAUGGAGCCCCAGACCGAGGGUGAUUGACCGUCAUCUUGAACUUCUUCCAUUUUCUAAUAAUUGAGCCAACAGUUGAUGCCUUCUCACCAAGCUGCUUGCCAAUUGUCCUGUAGCCCAUCCCAGCCUUGUGCAGGUCUAGAAUUUUAUCCCUGAUGUCCUUACACAGCUCUCUGGUCUUGGCCAUUGUGGAGAGGUUGGAGUCUGUUUGAUUGAGUGUGUGGACAGGUGUCUUUUAUACAGGUAACAAGUUCAAACAGGUGCAGUUAAUACAGGUACUGAGUGGAGAACAGGAGGGCUUCUUAAAGAAAAACUAACAGGUCUGUGAGAGCCGGAAUUCUUACUGGUUGGUAGGUGAUCAAAUACUUAUGUCAUGCAAUAAAAUGCAAAUGAAUUUCUUAAAAAUCAUACAAUGUGAUUUUCUGGAUUUUUGUUUUAGAUUCCAUCUCUCACAGUUGAAGUGUACAUAUGAUAAAAAUUACAGACCUCUACAUGCUUUGUAAGUAGGAAAACCUGCGAAAUCGGCAGUGUAUCAAAUACUUGUUCUCCCCACUGUAGAUAAAGGAGUGCAAAGCCAUAUUGGCAAUUUGACGCAUCUGAACUAUUUGUUUUUGACACAUUUUGAGCACUGUUAUUGGUUGCAUUUUCCUUUUAAAGUUAUUUUGAGUACUGUGCUGUAACCUGGAAAAUACCCAGUAACACGAUUUUGGGAUGUGUCUAUAUGAGAUCAGUUUAACUGAUGUUCUGUCAAGCAAUGCCAUUUACAUUGAGUUCACGCCAGAUUUCAAAGUCAAACUAAGUACAAGGUUAUGGCAUUGGUACAUAUUAAAAGUAAUUGUUGGUACUUUACAAGAGUUGAACCUGUACACAUUUCAGGAUGACUGUUUCCCUUGUUUUUAUGUUAACUGUUGUCACACUCACUGUAUCAAUUACAUUAGGCGUUCAGGAUUUCAUAGCUUAUUUGUGUUUUUUGAAGAACUAUAAGACUAGUCCCUAAUUUUGCUUGUCCUGGCCUCAACGACACAUUUAUCAUUUUAACAUCAAACCAACAUUAGCUGUUCAAAUGUCAAAUGUCCCAGACAGUAUAUCAUGUGAAAGAAAUUGCUUGAAAGUCUGACAUUUUGUGACGAUUUUGUUUCUGCCAGCUAUGUGCCUUUUAUUUAUAAGUCCAUUUUCACACUUGGAUUGACAGUGUUUGACAGACAACUAAAUUGGUUUGAUUCUGUAAGCUUAAGAAUUCAAGCAAUUUUUUUCACUUGAUUGGUUAUGAUCCGGUACUCCAUUUGUGAAUUUAAUUAGAUAUAGUAAGUAAUCUUUCAGAUAUUUUUGGUUGAAUUUAAAACCUGUAAAUGAAUUGUUCAAGCUUUUUGACCAAAGAAGUCUAGCGAUGAUGUGGAUAAAUACUUAAAAUAAUAAGCAACGAGAGAUUAUAAACAAACAGCAUAAAAUGAGGAAAUUAAGUUUAACUCUCCAAAUGCACACGAUUACAUUUUCAGAGUAUAUUAAAAAAAACAUACUUAUUUUUUAGUUAUUCAUUCAAGUGGAGGAUAUAUGUUCAAAAUGUUCUUUUACAAUGCAAAAACAUUGGAUUUGAGUUGCUUCAAACUGCCAGUGUGAACAGACAAAAAGCACAUGGAAAGGGGGUGGAAUCGGAUAU